UCAGGUUCAAUCUUUACAAAGUCCCCACUCGAUUACGAAAUGGAGCGUUCUUAUUGGCUGGUGAUUGAGGCCUCAAACCAGGCUUCUCGACCAAUCGGAUCACAGAUCGAGGUUUACGUGGGCGUGGUUAACGUCAAUGACAACGCCCCUAUAACUGAAGAGAUGCUGUAUUAUGCAUCGAUUCCAGAAAACAGCCCAGCCAAUACACCAAUAAUCACCCUAGUUGCCAGAGAUGAUGAUGAUGAU